UUUCGGGUGGGUUCGAAGAGAGGCACAAAUUGUGCAGCGGUGUAUCCGCUCUUAGACGUCGGUUUGGGAGGUGGUUACCUGGUUACUUCCGGUCAUAUUCACGUCGCAACUGCACCCUCCAGUCCUCUUCAAGAUGCGCCCCGUAAAGAUCAAGCCGCCUCGCAAUGGCUCGUACCAGCCUAUGGGCCUCCGACAAAGACGGAACCUGAAAAGAAUUGGCUUUGCUCUUUUGUCGAUAAUUGCACUCAUUUAUUAUUUUUACACGCCAUUCGACUACAGCGCCGUCGACUUCGAGAGCCACGAAGCGUACAUGAACGACCGGUUGCACGCGAAAGGCUUCGUGUCUCAGCAAUCGUACGACUGGCGGACAGCGCCCUUCUUCAACAAGAUAAACGGGUCACUCACCCCGCUACCGACUGGUGUUCCACGUUCGCUUCCACGUAUACAAUAUGAGUUUCCGGAGGAGACGGCGUCGCAAAAAGCGCUACGAGAGUCGCGGCGUGCAGCAGUGCGGAAGGCCUUCCAGCGUACCUGGAACAGCUAUCGUAAACAUGCGUGGAAGAUGGAUGAGUUGAUGCCCAUCUCCGGGAAGGGCUUGGAUACGUUUGGCGGCUGGGGCGCCACGCUGGUCGAUUCACUAGACACUUUGUGGAUCAUGGGAUUCAAGAAGGAGUUCUAUGAGGCGGUAGAUGCCGUUGCACACAUAGACUUUGGAAAAUCGGAAUCGGGUACAAUCAGCGUGUUUGAAACCACGAUCCGUUAUCUCGGCGGCAUGCUCAGUGCCUAUGACCUGAGCGGGGAAAAGGUCCUGUUGGACAAGGCCAUCCAGCUCGGCGAGUUGCUGUACCGAGCCUUCGACACAAACACCAACAUGCCUCAAGACCGUCUGUCUCUGGAAGCAGCCAAAAAGGUGGACAGCCAGGGUGCGGCUGCUGACGGCAACAUCUGCUUUGCAGCCAUCGGUUCGCUCACCAUGGAGUUUACAAGGCUAGCACAGGUUACCAAGGAGCCCAAGUUCUACGAUGCUGUCGCCAGAGUCACCAACUUCCUGGAUCGCGCUCAGAACAAGACGGACAUUCCUGGGCUCUUCCCUACGUGGAUCAAUGCGUUCACCCUGGACUUCACCUCGGACGAAUACUUCACCAUGGGGGCAAUGGCCGACUCAUCUUAUGAAUAUUUCCCCAAGAUGUAUGCGCUGCUCGGUGGGUUGGAACCCGUGUACGAGAAGCUCUACAAGGAGUCGGCGCCCAUGAUUGAUAAAUACCUGCUAUUCCGCCCAAUGCUUCCUGACACGGAGCGGGGCGAGGAUCUACUGUAUUCGGGCGACCUGUUCGCGAACGCUGGUGGGACCGGGAGGUUUGACCCAGAGAUGCAGCAUCUUACCUGCUUCAUAGGCGGUUUCUUCGCUCUUGGAGGUCGGCUGUUUAAGAAUGAGCACCAUGUUGCUCUUGGAGCCAAGCUGACGGAAGGCUGCAUUUACGCCUACGAGAAAAUGCCCAGUGGCGUUAUGCCGGAGAAGUUCCACAUGGUGCCAUGCGAAUCUCGCAAUAAAUGCCCAUGGAACGCAACCAAGUGGGAGGAGCAUGUGUUGCGCAAAUCCUACGCAGAGACGCACGAGGAAUUCCUGGACGCUGUCAAAGAGCAGAAGCUCCCUCCUGGCUUCUCUCACAUCAAGGACCGCCGCUACCUUCUCCGUCCAGAGGCCAUCGAGUCGGUCUUCAUCAUGUACCGUAUUACCGGCCAUCAGGAGUACAUGGAACACGCUUGGAACAUGUUCGAAGCGGUACAGCGUGCAUCCAUGACCAAGUUCGCCAACGGCCAAGUCUUGGAUGUGACUGAGGCGGAUCCCGUACCCCUGCCCGAAGACAAGAUGGAGUCUUUCUGGACUGCCGAGACGCUCAAGUAUUUCUACCUCAUCUUCAGCCCGCCAGACAUGAUCAGCCUCGACGACUGGGUUUUCAAUACCGAAGCCCAUCCUUUCAGGAGACCGAAGUCGACUCGGACAUAGUCGACCAGCUACGACUUGUUUCUGCGCACAUCUUGAUACCCGCCUGGGCUACA